ACGUGCAAAUGGCGCUUCUUUUCCGUUCCCUAUGCUCUCAUCGACAAAAUGCUGAAGCUAUCAACUCUUCAUACAUAUCUCAAUCAAGUUCUGGACCUGCCUGACCUGCAUACAGCCAUCCUCCUGACGCCAACUGGUCAAUUAAUAUCUUACGCAUCAGAUCCAUCUCGCUCCAAAGAAGAUGUCCGAUCCGUCGUUGGACUUAGUGGAGAUUCUUUUCUCGAAGUAGAAGAGCAAGGUUUUGCUACAUUUGAGAUCAAGGGAAAACCUCAUCUGGGAUCAAUUUACGUCUUGGCCGUGAACGAGGCCCAAGACGAAACUCAGGAUGGCUGGCAACCUUUGAUGCUUUUGGCUCUAAACUUUUCCAAUGGUUAUGAUCAGGAAGCGGUACGGUUAAAGGCUAAAGCUCUUGCUGCUCAUCUUGCAAAAUCAUUAAGCAAGUAUCGAGAGUAUCUCGUAGUCCCUAGGCCGCCUCCGACGUCGUCGAACAUCUCGUCCCCAACCCCUGUACGUAUGAAUUGUCGUGAACCAAAUUUUGGCUCUGAGCAUGCUCCGAGCACCAUACACCGGCUCAUCUGCCUUCUCUUCUCCCUCCACCAAGUCAUAUUGAAAGCGAGCUGGAUCGCUUUCCACGUCGCUGUCGACACCUGGCGGAGCAUGCGAGCAUGGUCUUCGCCCGUCUGCAAAAAUUCUCAGCUCAUUCGAUGUAGAAAGCACGGUAUCCUCGCUCAUAACCUCAAAAUCAAUGUACCACCGAGGACGACAGCAGUUAUAAACACCGCAGAGCUACUGAAUACUCCUCGGCCAAAUCCAUUCGUCCUUUUGGCCUCCGAGCUCGACUAUUUACGAGGGAACCUGCUGAGAUUACUAGGUUCGGCUCACCCAACUUUGCACCAGCUUGCUCAACACUAUUUCGCGAAUCCUUCGAAGCAAAUACGGCCAUUAGUAGUACUGCUCCUCUCACGAGCAACAAAUGGGCUUGGAAACGAGUGGGAACAGAAAAAGUGGAUCGCAGAUUGCGAACGCGUCAGUGGCCGACAUGAAGAGCUCGAUCGUACAUUGACGCGUCCAGGCGUUCUAAACGACUGUAAUCCUAAUAUGUCGGACGAUGCAGCCUCUUUCCAAUCUUUCUUCUCUCUACAAACACCCAGAAUCCUGCCAGAAAACCCUCCGUUACCAUCCUCCUAUGAAAUCAAUUAUGACCCGGCACUCGUCGACCCCCCUACCAUCCUGCCCGCCCAAAUACGUCUAGCGCAACUUGUGGAAAUGAUUCAUGUUGCUUCCUCACUCCACGACCAAGUCGCCAACGAAACCAGUUCUCCUUCGGAUGGUACCGGCAAUAAACUAGCCAUCCUUGGAGGCGACUUCCUUCUUGGAAGAGCAAGUACCGCUUUGUCGCGGCUCGGAGAUGACGAAGUUGUUGAACUUGUUGCCACUGUCAUUGCGAACAUUGUCGAGGGCGCUGUUUGGAAGGCUGGCAAUGUCGGUACGCGAGAAAUCCUAGCACUAGCUUCUCCUGCGCAAGGAUGGAAUAGGUAUCUCAAUAGAAUAUACCUUGGCUCUGCGAGCCUUCUCGCAAAGGCUGGGCGAGCGGCUGUUAUUCUUGGCGGCUCCAAAGAAGGAGAGCUAUGGAAAGAGAUUGCAUACAUAUACGGUUUACACAUCGGGUUUGCAAAUCAGCUCAUGAAGGAUGUGGAUGCAUAUGAAGAGGACAACAACAAAUUCGAUGCAGGUUUGACAGGCCCGCUAUUGUAUGCAUGGGAGGACCAUACACAUCUCAAACCCAUUAUUCAACGUCAAUUCUCCGAAGACGGCGACGUUGAGCAGGUCCGCCACGCCGUUCGUUCUUCAUCUGGGUUAGGGCGAACACGGAAACUAGCACUGACACACUCAGAAAAAGCUCGUGAGAUACUUCGUUUUCUACCAGACAGUGAUACAAAAGACGCUUUGGAAGAAUUGACAUUACGCGUGGUACAUAGAACGGAUAUGAUAGAUACAUAG